AUGGCUUCCCUAGACCCCGAGAAGAUCUCCGAGAAGACCCCUGAGCCUCUCCAGGGGGAGGCCGAGGCGCAAAUCCCGCUCGACGCCCUUCCCAAGUCUCGCUGGGAGCGGAGUUGGCCUGUUAUCGCCUGUGGUGCUGGUCUCUUCUCCGAUGGAUAUCUGAACGGCGUUAUCGGGUCCGUGGAUACCAUGCUGACCCGUAUUUACCCCACGGACUACAAAAAUUCCCCGGCACUCCGCAAUGUCUCCUCCCUCGUCUUCGUCGGCGAGGUGGUCGGCAUGUUGAUCUUUGGCAUCACCAGUGACUACUGGUCGCGCAAGUGGUCUCUGAUGAUCUCAACCUUUAUCCUGAUUGUGUUCGCCGCUCUGAGCGCUGGCUCGUAUGGCUAUCACGGCAGCCCGACAGGGCUCUUUGCUGCCCUCACGGCGUAUCGUUUUAUAAUGGGCAUCGGAAUCGGAGGCGAAUAUCCUGCGGGGUCCGUCGCCGCCGCAGAGAGCACCGGCGAGCUAAAAGAAGGCCAUCGCAACCGUUGGUUCAUCUUCUUCACCGACUUUAUCAUUGAUUUUGGCUUCGUUGUCGCCGCUUUCGUGCCCAUGGUCCUCGUCCUUAUCUUCGGGGAGGACAAUCUAGAGGCGCCAUGGCGUAUUGCCCUGGGCCUAGGAGUUAUUCCGCCACUCAGUCUAGUGUACCUGCGAUUCAAACUAAAAGAGCCGGAAGAGUUCAGCCGAGAGCGCAUGCGUCGAUUCCCCUAUGCUCUGAUCAUCAAGUUCCACUGGAAGCGCCUGCUUGUUGUGUCCCUCGUCUGGUUCAUCUACGAUUUCUCCGUGUUUGCCUUCAAUACCUACUCGUCAGUCUGGCUAGAUACCAUUCUUGGAUCGACCGCUCCCCUGUGGAAGAUUUUCGGCUGGAACGUCGUGGUCAAUCUCCUUUAUCUUCCCGGAUCCUUUGCCGGUGCAUUUGUCAGUGACUGGAUUGGGCCGCGUAUGUGUCUGAUCGUCGGAAUGACCGCUCAGUCUGUGGUCGGCUUUAUCAUGUCCGGCUGCUACGCAUAUUUGUCGAUCCCCAAAAAUGUCGCAGGAUUUGUUGUCGUCUAUGGUAUCUUCUUGUCCUUGGGCGAGAUGGGCCCUGGCGACAAUAUCGGUCUGCUUGCAUCCAAAACUAGCGCCACCGCUGUGCGUGGCCAGUACUAUGCCAUCGCUGCUGCAAUUGGCAAAAUCGGUGCCUUUGUCGGAACCUAUGUUUUCCCCUUGCUCAUGAAGAAUCCUGAUCCCAUCCGCGCGGGUCAAAAUCCGUUCUUCGUCGCUAGUGCAUUGUGUAUUUUUGCGUCGCUUAUUGUUUACUUUGGCUUGCCUCAUGUCGGACAAGAUACUAUUACCAAAGAGGACGAGGCAUUCCGCGCAUAUCUGGAAGCCCAUGGAUAUGACACCUCCACUAUGGGGAUAAGGAACGACACCUCUAUGGUGCAAACGGAGUGA